AUGAACGCCCAGUGUAGCAUCUUCUCUGAACAUUUUUUCAACGACCUGUCAUUGGGGAUAGCAGCUGUCCAGUGUGGGCACACAUUCCAUAAAGGAUGUCUAUCAACAUGGCUUAAAAACUCAAAAACCUGUCCAAAAUGCCGAUGUAGAGUUGAUCCGACGCGAGUUAUAAAUCGUCUCUUUUUUGAUGAAGAUGCGCAUGAUGACAACGAAGGUGAUGAUACUGAAGAAUGGAAGUUAAAGACGAAGGUGAAAUCUUUGAAGGAAAAACUAAAAACUGUGAAAAAGGAGAGAGAUUUAUUAGAACUCGAGGUGAUAUACCUUAAAGAAUCUAUUACAAAGGAAAGAGAGACAUGUUCAAAGAUUAAACAAAAGUUUUCACAGUACCAAAACAUUGAGAGAUUAUUGAAGGAAUGUGAAGUUGAUAUCAAAGAAACCAUCCAGGAGUAUGACGAGUCCACUAAGGAGGACCUGGCUACAUACUGUAGCGUGCUGAAAAGGAAAUACGACAAAAACAAAUCCGAGAAAAAAAAAGUCAAGUCAGAAUUCAAAAAGUUCCGUCAGGCGUGUGAGUAA